UUUGUACGUUAAUCGGUAAAGUAAAGUAAAAGACGGAUGAAGGCCGGUCGUCACUUGACGGCUCUCGCGGUCGUGGGCGUUCUGCGCCGCGGUGCUCGCGCUCUACAGGAUGUUGGAGCUCGCGCAGGCGGAGCGCGGAGCCAAAGGAGCCGCCGGAGGUGAAGACCUCCACCACAGCGAGCAGCUCUCUCUCUGCAAGAGAAGAUUGAGCGUCUGGAGCACCUCCUGCUGGAGAACCGUCACGUCAUUGCCGCCAUCCGCGAAUCCCUGCCACCCCAGCUGGGGCCUCUAUCAACACAGGGACAGGACCAAUGCCAGUGACUUCUCCUUCUCCUCCUCCCCCGCCUCUUCCUCUGUGGGGUGUGGCACCAGAGGACUGCACCUUCGCCGCUGCCCUGCCUCUGAAGGACUCCAGGGUCACAUUAUGCCAUUAAGCUGACGGACGUAUAUGACAUGCUGAGGUUCGACAACCCAGAUGGGGGCGUCUGGAAGCAGGGCUUCGAUAUCAGUUACCAUGGCAAUGAGUGGGACAAGGAGCCGCUGGAAGUGUUUGUGGUGCCGCACUCGCACAACGACCCUGGUUGGUUGAAGACGUUUGAUGAUUACUACAGAGAUCAAACUCAACACAUCUUAAACAACAUGCUGCUCCAUCUCGCCCAGGACACCAGAAGGAAGAUGAUUUGGUCAGAGAUCAGCUACUUCUCCAAAUGGUGGAACGACAUUGACUCUCAGAAAAGAGACACAGUGAGACGGUUGCUUAGAAAUGGACAGCUGGAGAUGGCAACAGGCGGCUGGGUGAUGCCGGAUGAAGCCAACACACAUUACUUUGCUCUGAUUGACCAGCUGAUGGAGGGACACCAGUGGCUAGAGGCCAACCUAGGUGUCAAGCCCACCUCCGGUUGGGCAGUGGACCCCUUUGGCCACUCCCCCUCCAUGGCAUAUUUCCUGAAGCGAGCGGGGCUUGCCUCAAUGCUUAUCCAGCGCGUACACUAUGCCGUGAAGAAACAGUUUGCCACCAAAAAGACACUGGAAUUUUACUGGAGGCAAAACUGGGACCCUGCCUCCAGCAGUGAUAUGAUGUGUCACAUGAUGCCAUUCUACAGUUAUGACAUACCACACACAUGUGGUCCGGACCCUUCCAUCUGCUGCCAGUUUGAUUUCCACCGCCUCCCUGGUGGGCGGAUCUCCUGCCCCUGGAGGAUCCCACCCCAGCCAAUCACGGACCACAACAUCCGGGAGAGGUCCCUCCUUCUGCUGGACCAGUACCGCAAGAAGUCCCGCCUUUUCCGCACCGGCGUACUACUGGUUCCACUUGGAGAUGACUUCCGUUGGGCCGAGUCCAGCGAGUGGCAAAACCAGUUCAACAACUACCAGCGACUGUUCACCUACCUCAAUACACACUCUGAGCUACAUGUUAAGGCUCAAUUUGGUACUAUCUCAGACUACUUCCGGGCCCUGAGGAAUCGGACUGCUCGAACAGGAAUCAAUUUGCCAGUCCUGAGUGGGGAUUUUUUCACCUAUGCUGACCGCGAUGACCACUACUGGAGCGGCUAUUAUACGUCCCGCCCCUUUUAUAAACGACUGGAUCGCCUUCUGGAGUCCCACCUUCGCGCAGCAGAGAUUCUCUACAGCCUGACGCUGGCCGAGAUGCGCCGUGCUGAGGCAGGUGGGGUGAGCGGUUACCGUGGUGACUUCCCAGCAGGUGAGGCCUACCAGCUGUUGAUUGUGGCACGACGGAACCUCGGCCUGUUCCAGCACCACGAUGCUGUAACCGGAACGUCCAAGGAUUGGGUCGUCAUGGACUAUGGCAAGAGGCUGUACCACUCAAUCCUGGCCCUGAAGGAGGUCCUGGUAAACUCAGCCCACUGGCUCAUACUGAAGGACAAAGCGGCCUAUCGGCACGAGCCGUCCAGUGCUUUCCUGCAGAUGGAUGAAGUACAGCCUUCUCAAGAUACAUUGCCAAAGAAGACUAUCCUGACCGUGGGCAGGGCAUCGCGCAUGCUCGUGGUUUAUAACCCAGUCAGUCAGAAGCGAUCCGCUGUCGUCAGCAUCUACGUGGACUCGCCUGCUGUCCGCGUGGUCUCCAUGGAGACUGGUCAGCCAAUUCCGGCACAGUUAUCGGCUGUGUGGGCAGAACCGACACGCAUGUCCUUGAAGGCCUACAAGCUAUCAUUCAUCGCCGAGGUCCCACCCCUGGCACUUGUACUAUACCAUCUAUUGCAUGCCCCUGACAAAGAUGACUCCACCCAGCGGGCCAACUACACUUUCCUGGCACGGGAUUGGCAAGAAUCUCAGUCCAUUGACACCGGGCCCUUCAAGGCCUCCCGACUCCAGGGAGAUGAAGCCAAUGCCCCCCUUGUCCUAGCCAAUGCCCAUAUCCAAACAUGGACGUCCCCAUCCAGUGGCCUCUUGGAGAAAAUGAAACUAGCAGGGGACGGUUUGGAGAGGCACGUGCAGGUACGGUUUUUUUGGUAUGGGACAUCGCCCAACCAUGACAAGAGCGGCGCCUACCUUUUCCUCCCCGAUGGAGAGGCCAAGCCCUACUCUGCCUCCCUCCCACCCCAGGUGCGGGUCACCAGGGGGCCUGUCUUUUCUGAAAUCACGUCCUGCUUCCAACACUUCACCCACACGCUCCGCCUCUUUCAUGUGGAAGGCCUAGAGGGGCACUCGGUAGAGCUGUCCAACCUGGUUGAUAUAAGGUCAGAGGUCAACAGAGAGCUUGUGAUGCGGCUUGUCACAGAUGUUGCCAGUGGUGACCAUUUCUACACUGACCUCAACGGCUUCCAGAUUCAACCCCGUAGGACGCUAGCCAAGCUGCCGCUACAGGCUAACUUCUACCCGAUGACCACCAUGGCAUAUGUCCAGGAUUCGAACUCGCGCCUCACACUGCUUACGGGACAGUCACUGGGAGUGGCGAGCCUCAAAUCUGGAAAUUUGGAGGUUGUAUUGGACCGUCGACUCCAGCAGGAUGACAACCGGGGCCUUGGCCAGGGAGUCACCGAUAACAAGCUAACAGCUAGCUGCUUCCGCCUCCUGCUGGAGAGGAGAAGAAGACAAGAGAAAGAGGUUGCCCUGGUGAGCUACCCAUCACUGAUUAGCCACGCCUCCUCUCUUCAUCUCCUCCAACCCCUACUGUCUAUGGCUGUCAACCCCGCCUCCUCCGCGGCCUCCCUGCCCCUCCUCCCUUCCUAUCAGCCAAUCAGGAAAGCCCUGCCAUGUGACCUGCACCUACUCAACCUGCGCACCAUCCAGAACAAGGAGGGCGCUGGACCUUCUGACCAAUCAGCUCUCAUCCUGCACAGGAAAGGAUUCGACUGUGAUGUUUUGAACACACCCGCACACCUUCACUGUGGUACAACGCACGGAGAGUUGGACCUGGACAACAUGUUUACAUCGCUAUCUGUUCACAACCUCCAGCGGGUCACACUGACCCUGAUGCACCCUGAAAAUGAGAGCGGAAAUGACGCUGGGGACAGUGACAGCAGAAGCCACCAUGUCAAACUGGAGCCCAUGGAGGUCCGGACCAUCCAGGUCCAGAUCGGGUGAUGGAAAACCCCAUCUUGGCCAGUUUGACUAUAAUCAUUCCAACGCCUUUUUGAUGAGGAAUUAAUUAAAAAUAAAUGUUGAGGCAAGUUUUGUUUGUGUUAGACGUUUUCCCUUGUUUCUACUGUCAACUCCAUCUGUCGGUCUCUUGCACAGCUCUGCACAGUUGCACUGUCAACUCCAUCGGUCUGUCUCUUGCACAGCGCUGCACAGUUGUACUGUCAACUCCAUCCGUCUGUCUCUUGCGCAGCUCUGCACAGUUGUACUGUCAAAUCCAUCUGUCUGUCUCUUGCACAGCGCUGCACAGUUGUACUGUCAACCCCAUCUGUCUGUCUCUUGCGCAGCUCUGCACAGCUGUACUGUCAACUCCAUAUGUUUGUCUCUUGCACAGCUCUGCACAGUUGUACUGUCAACUCCAUCGGUCUGUCUCUUGCACAGCGCUGCACAGUUGUACUGUCAACUCCAUCUGUCUGUCUCUUGCGCAGCUCUGCACAGUUGUACUGUCAAAUCCAUCUGUCAAAUCCAUCUGUCUGUCUCUUGCACAGCGCUGCACAGUUGUACUGUCAAAUCCAUCUGUCCGUCUCUUGCACAGCGCUGCACAGUUGUACUGUCAACUCCGUCUGUCUGUCCCUUGCACAGCGCUGCACAGUUGUACUGAAGCUGUUUAAAAUUUGCACUUCGAUUAGAAGGAAACGAUUCACAAUAAGACGCAAGAAAGAGACAGUUAAGUAAAUAAUUACACAACGAAACAAGUGGGCUAUAAAACAUGGUGCAAAUAAGGCAGUAGGCAGCAUGGCCAUGGGAGGGGGUGCAGAGGUAACGGCAGCACCCAACUGAUCAGGGUUAAGAUGUAACUGUUAUGUGGGGUUAAAUAGUUUUCACAGUAAAUAGCCUCACAAUGAAAAAAAGUGGCCCGGUUGUUUUGAAACACAACCUAGUCUGAUGACCAGGAUCUGUGGUGCCAUGUGCUGAACCACCGACUGGGGCGACAGGUCGUCUGGCAACUGGAGGGUUGCUGGUUCAAUCCUUGACUCCUCCUAGCAAAAGCGUUGAGGGGUUCUUGAGCAAGAUUACCCCUAAACACCCCUAUGACCUGGUUGUUACCUUGUGUGGUUGACACCCCGUCUGUGUGUGAGCGCGUGCGGGCAAACGUGAGACCUUCGUCGCCUGUAAAGCGCUCCGAGCGGCUGUUGCAGCAGUAGUUCUGGUGGUUAAUGGAUUCAGCAUUUUGUCAUGCUGAUGGGAUCUCAAGAUGUCAGGGUUUCAUUUGUCGGAUCCUUCACGUGCAAGUGCAAUGAGCAGUGGAAUGAUGUUUGGCAAACUCCGGAAACUACAACAAAGAGAAGUGGAAACAAUCAAGUAAGAAUGAAAUGAAAUGCAAUACAAUUGUAAAAACUUGGGAUAAAAGUUCAAAUAAACUGUUUCACUUUUUUACAUUUUAUUGUAUUUUAGGGAAAAAAACAUUUUAUUUUAAAUCCUAAAUCCUUAAAUCAUCCAGCGCUAAAAGAAAAACACAAACCAACAAAACCAAACAUUUUCAAAUAAUCGUAUUGUUAUUCCAUCUUAUAGCAUUUUUGAUUUUAUUUUCUUAGUCUCGAAUGAUUUUUCCAUGUUUUCAUUUCUUUUUUCAGGGGAAAUUUUAAUAAUGUACUACUGAAAUGACUUUUUUAUAUCGGUGAUAUUUGGAAAAUUAAAAGGUUUUGUAAUUUUUGGGAAAUGUUGCUUCUUUAUCUUUGAAAAUAUAUAAUAAAUUGUGGGAGUGCAGGAAU